UCCACCCGUAAUAUGUUAGUUUUGGACAAAAAGCAAUGAUUAUAUUCGGUGGAGGAGGUGUUCCGCAGUUCCCACGUUGAUAGUGGAUGAAGAUCUUCAGAAGUCCUGGUUGAGAUCUCGUGUUGAAUGAAUCAAGUUACUUCUACGUACAUGCAAAGAAAAAUAAUGUGCUCUUCGUUCUUAUCCUAGUAGUGCCUUGAUGGACGAUACAGUGAGCAUGAACUCUUCUUCGGGUGCUGUCUUUUCCGCUGGCUUCGCGGAAGAGAGCGGUAAACCCUCCGGUGGCAGGGCGACUGCUAAUGGCCAACAAAAGGCAGGCGGACAGAAUGCUGCUAAUGCUCAACAACAACAGGUUGGACAAGCGAAUGGGGAUGGAGGCCCAGAUUCAGAAGGUGCAGCACUCCUGAAACCGUCGCCGCCGAAGCCUGUCCUUAGUUUUCGGGAACGCUUUCUCCCUUUUCAGCCAAUACCAUGGUGGCUGAUGAUGAUUCUUAUAGUGGCUUUCUUUACGGAUCUCAGAUGGAGGUAUUCACAUAGUUUCUUUACGGAUCUUAGAUGGAGGUAUUUCUAUGUGAAUCUAUUUAAUCAUCGAUAUUUGUCUCUCACCAACAGGUGAUAGAGCAAGUGCUCUCCGCCUGGGGAUUGCCUUGGGGAGAAAUGAGACUUGUUAAAAAUGCAUUGAUUUAUUAUCGGCAAUCUUUCCAAUGUCAUGAUUUACAGUCGCAGAACCGAAAGAGUGGAGCAUGCAAUAUUAAAUCUGAUCAGGUUCCACGAAAGCCCUUGUGCCGUUUUAGGGAUAAGCGAUCCCGUAACUUCCGGCAGUAUCAAAAAAGCGUUUCGAAAUGUUUCUCUCUGUACACAUCCAGACAGGCUAAGAGCGAAACUUCGGCGGGCGCCGACAGCUGCAGAAGAAGUAGCCGGACAGACGCUGUUUAACCGACACACACAGGCAAGAGACGAGUUAGUCAAGUUCUUGGACUUGAAGCAACGUAGACGGGAAAUAAGGAAAGAGAGGCGGAACAAAAGACGAAGAAAACAGGGGUUGCCACCUCUGGAAGCAGACGAAGAUUAUGGCCUCAAAGACCACAAGAAGAAUUCUUUUUUAUCACAAGGAAAUAAAACUCGUGUGAUCAUGAUCUGUCAAUAGUGGAGGUCUAAGAAAGUUUUAGUUGUAUUAAGUUCGUACAGUUUUUUUCUGAGCACAUGGUCCCAACUCUAAGUCAAGGAAGAAGCACCUAUCGAAGCAAAAUGCAGCGACUUGGAUGCAGGACUGAACUGGCGACAAUUUUUUCAGGAACUAGCUUCCAUAGAGGCUGUGUCUGAAAUCGGAGCGGCGCUUUACGAGUUCAUGUAUCAGGUAUAGGAGUCAGUACUAGCAUAACACACACAGAGCACAAAGAAAUUCCGCCGGAUCGUACGCGUCGCCCGGAGCGCAUCGAAACAAACAAACAAACAAGAAGCAAUACUAGCAUACUCAAUAUAUGUUAAUAUAUAAAAAUAGUAUUUUUGAUACCUCUCCUAGUUAGGUUGGCUCUACCACUAAUAUUACAGUUUGACUUGUUUGAGGAGCAUGAUCGUAUUCCAGCCUUACCGAUUAGAAGAUUCGUUAUUAUCACUGCUCGUUGCAUACAACUCUUUUUCACACAACAACACCACAGCUAAUAACGUUUCAGCAAGGGUUCCUUACGACUGUGGCUAUCAGUUUUUGGUUUAUUUUCCUGUACCGCAUGAUCAAAGAGCUCUAUCGGUGGUCGCUGUCUGCUGGUACUUCUAGUCCUCAUUACAUCUAACAAGAACUCCUGUACAUUUAUAGAUGUUGUAGUAGCAAACGGCAUUUCUUUAAUGGACAUUUCCUCAAUGGUUUAGAUGAAGGGUAAGUGUGUCUUCUUGCACGUGGAUGUAAAAUAGAAGAGGUUUCCGUGCACGAUGGGUAAAAACAUCGCCCCCAGGUUUCGGUCUUCCCCUUUACGUCGUUGGCGCUAUUAUCUCUCGACCAUUACCGACCCUUAUUCGGUUCUUCUCCUUGCCGUUCCUACGGGUCAUGGUGUUUUGGGAAGAACUACGAGGUGGCACCUCUGAAGAGCACGCUUUGUUAUCACCACGCGAAGCGGAUCAGGAUAAAAAAGAUGAGGCAGCACCAGUAAAGGCUAGUAGUCGGCAUGUCGCAGCAGCCACAGACAAAACGGAGACGCACUUGAGGAAGCGUCGCGUGGACAAAAAGAAGAAAGAGAAAGAUGCAGAAGUGGCGGAAAAAUUACUAGUUAAGGCAUGAUAACGAUAUUGUUCAACAGUCUGCUCUUGCUCUGCAGAAAAUAAGAAUUCCAACUGCCAUAAGUAAAACUGAAUCCCAACAACAAGAACGAGAACAAAUCUUAGUGGAUGAAGUAGACUGACCUCUCAACAUCUACAACAACAUCUUGAACAACUAUCUUCUACUGUCUAUAGAUACUUAGUAUUAAGUACUAGCACCCAGAGGACACAGCAGUAAAUGUAAAGUAGUAGUGAAGUACUAGUAGGACUCUUGAAACAACAUCUACUGUCUAGACUUAUAGUAUGAACAGUACUCUGCUCUAAUUCACAAGGACCAGCAGAUGAAGAGGAAGAUGGCGACAAGCAACUACCCCCAGCCAUAGAGAUGGUUCCACAACAUCAGCGAGCAGUUGUGGAGGGACAAAAUCCAGGUACUAUUGAGAGGUAGAGUUUAGUUAUCUUGCUGAUUUCGAGACGGAUAUGAUAUACAGGUCUAUCGAGAAGUAGAGUUUAGUUCUUUACAGUGAUAUAUGAGACGAUGACAAAGCGCAGGUCGUUUACAACUGUCUUUAUGUUAUGACCGCUGCUCAGUCUACUUACUUCCACAUCUUUAUUUCUCCACCACGACAGGCAGCACAUUAACAACUGUCGUCCCCCCUCCCACAGCAGCAGGAGCACCAAGAGGUGGAGCAACAACUACGACAUUACCCGGACAACCUAGUACGGAAGAUGCUAUGGUCAGCCGUGCUCACCUUGGAGUGUUGGAGAUUUUGCGACUGCGGAGCGACACCCCUAACAAAGCUAGAAUGCAGGUAGCAGCCGCGACCCAAUUUGACCUCCUGUUGCCGCUAACAAAACCGAUUAUCCCUUUGCUGAUGUUACGGCAAUACAACAAAUUGUAGUAGUGGUCGCUUUAAGAUUAAGUAGCGAGCAACGGGUGCCUGUGGGGCUGGGGCUCGUUGUGAAGGAUCCAUAACCUAACCUAACCUCAGGUAGUUCCGCGCAUGCAGGAUGACAGUUAUUUGAAGGCACUCUUGACUAGCUUAUUAUUGAAACAUUUGAGUGGAAAGAUUGGUGAAGAAAAGAACAACAUUAUUUGAAGGCUGGGGAUCGGACCUCUGACAGUCAAGAUUAUUAGGCACCCCAAUUAGCAUUCUUUCUCUUCGAAUCUUCCUCGUCUGCACCGGGCAAGUGUGGUCCGGCCUCCUGUCCAGUAUCUUCGUGUCGCAAUUCCUCCGUUCCUUCGUACCGCAAAUGAACUACGAGACUCACCACCUACUGUGCUUCGCCUUUGGAUUUCUCCACACGCUGCUGGGAUUGGACGUGGGUCAAGUAGAGGCGCACGCGGAUAAGGAAAAUGCUGUGCUAUUAUUGCAGUGGACUUGGGGAUUGAAGGACAUGGUCUCAAUCUGCAACAUGAUCAUGUUCGGAGCAUUCGUACUAACAACUUAUUUUUCUAUGAGACCGACUCACAGACUCACAGACUUCUCACUCUUACUGUAAGUCAUACCCAUGACAAUUUUGCUUCUACCAUUGAUUCACCCCUCCACGGCCAACUUCAAUUGAGUCACUCCUCUACCCAAAUAAUGAAUGCCCACCCUUACUUCAAUUCAAACCUAAAAACACAAAGGUCGCCUCCCUCUCCCGCAACGGAAAUGAGCCUCAAUUUUGCAACAGUUUCGCAAGUGGAAUGGGUAUGCGGUUGUUGACGACGUUCGACUUUUUUUCGCAAAUCCCCUUUCAGGAGAACGUCAUAGCCUACUAUGAACAGUUGCAAGCUGACCUAGGCGUCAAAAUGCAGUCAGUGGAUGAAGUCUUGACGAAUGCCAGACCCGAUAUAGGCGAUUGCGCAGGAGGCUUUUUUCGCCAUGCAGCAGCUGGAGAUGAGUCACUUUAUGAUUUUGCUGAAACUUCUUGCAUGUAAAAACUAUAAUCUUUCUAUUCUUUUAUCAAAUUUGUUCUUUCUAUAAAGACUUGAGUUUGUCAACAGCAUCUUCGUCAAGAAAAAGAUCAGUUCGUCUGUUGUUUCUAGUGCUAUCGUUAAUCACUCUAAUCUCCCGCUCUCUACCUUUCGUAUUUUGCGAAGAUGUUUUUGGUCAUCCUUCCUGGCUUGAACGCGGUGCAGUGGUUUAGCCGAGCAGUGAGUGGGGCCAAAGGUAUGCACGGCAAGAACGUGCGAAGGCGUAAGAGGCUGAUGCGAGUUUUGACGCGAAUGGUCCUUGGGGCUGCAGCCGUAUUGCAGUGUGUCUUGCUUCUCUUCGUCUUCAAUCUGAACGCAGCGAAUGGAGCACUUUUGAAUUUGUGGCUAGCUUUCCUUCUCGGUGCAGUGUUCGAAUCCUACCUGGCGUGCGAGGAAAUUCGAGGAGCAUUUAGGCAGUUCGUCACUGCGGUCGUGUUCAUCUUCAUCUAAGAAGGCUUCAUAGUCUAGAGCCUUAUUCGAGAAGAAGAGAUGUAGGCUUCAUAGUCUAGAGCCUUUAUCGAGAAGAAGAGCUGUAGGAAGUGGUUCUAUCGAUGACCAUCGUACUGUUGAACCACGAGAAGAAGAGAUUGAUGGUUCAAUCGAUGACCAUCGUACUGUUGAACCGGAAGUAGUAGUAACGCUGCUGCCCAAAAGGACUCGUACCAAAUGGAAGGAAAAAAGAUCACACAGGACAACCGCCUUCGUAGAAGAAGCGGACAGGUUUUAUGUUGAGAACAGGCGCAGAGGUUUGAGCAUCCCCUUCCCACUAGAGGCAAAGAACUAGACUUUGGACUCAUGCUUAGUUGUGUGAAAUUAAGUUUAUUAUGAUUAGCGAAAACAUUAUGAUGUUGACAUCCCGAACAAACUUUCCCUGUUGUACAUUGGUGGCAACACAUAGAGCAGAGCCUGUCAUGGUGCUACCCUUCGGGGCUUUGCCUCGUCGCUGCCCCCCUUGACCUUACAACCCCUCUAUAUGUAGAAAAGAUUCAGGUUGCGAACAUCCGAAUGACCAGACUAUCAGCCUUAUGUAAACUAGAAGGUCUGACAACGGAUCACUCAUCUGAUAAAGACAUUAUUGCGGUCACCCAUAUCUAGAGACGCCCCGACAAUAGAUUUCAUCUGGUUAAUAACCUUGUUGUGGCACGAUCUUGCUAGAAGAGCCAAAGCAAGCUUCAUCAAAGAAUGACGACAACCUGCUGAU